AUGACUCUCGCUUUACGACAGCGCAAUGAUACGAGGGAAAAAGUUCUGCAUCCCUUCAUGUUUCCAAGAGCGAGUCAAGCUCAACUCAGCCCAUCCCACCGUUUUUCCUCACAACAUUGUCGUACUACUGAGGCAAGUACUACCCAAUUCAGAAAGGUUGCUGUUUGUUCAUGCAUACAUACCAAAGCGGCGGGUUCGAGGUAA